AGACGGCUGCAAUGGCGGAGGUUUAUUGUCUCUAACUGACAAGAUAUGUUCUCUGGUUAAUUUUCCCCCAUAGCUUGAAGUGGAUACUUUUUAUGGCGCCGUAUACUGAAUUUUGUGGUCUUAAGCUCACUUAAAUCAAAGUGUUGGACGCUAUUGAAGUGGAUAAAAUGGUUGAGUUGGACAGAUUGAAAAAAUUCAUGAUAUGUACGUUCAUCAUCGCCACGGCUUCAUUUAUUGUGAUGUUUUACUACUCAGUCACUUUUUCGAAUUAUAAGGCAUUGGGAACGAAUUAUUUAAGAGGGUUAAAGAGGAACAAUCUAAGCAAAGGCAUAUAUUCACCAGACUUGAUUCCUGGCAGUUUCCAAGAGUCGUCAAACUCAACUGGAGAAACACAACUUACAAAUUCCGGGCAACCAACUUUGAGCUCGAAUGAAGUAGAGAUCCCCAAAGAUUCAGGGCAACAGAAUACACAGGAUCUAGACAAUGCUAUCAGCAGUUUUAACCAAGUAACGAUUCAGCAUACGAAAACGGAAAAAGGACAAAGCACAUCAAAUACCAGCGUAGCCAUUUUCACUCCAACUAAAGAAGCCGGUAGCAAUGAAAAUUCUGAUCAGGAAUUGAGUUUAUGUCCUGAAAAAUCACCAUCUUUAGGUAAGCUAUGUUUUGUUUUAAUCAUUGAUUAUGUGUUAUAACCUUAGUGACUGAGGGAGAAGCUGCGUCGGAAAAACAUUUUAUUUGCUUUAAGACUGUUUUUCACCCGUGCAACGUUGCGAUAAAUUUAUAAUUUACUUGGAUAAUAAAAUUAUCAUCAACUGAUUUACACGGGUCCUCUUUUGAGCGAUCCAGCUACGCAAGUCUUAAUUCAUCCUAAAUUGCAAGUUAAUUGGAGUUUUUUUUAUCAGUUUAAUACCAUUUAACACCUCCUCGUUUUUCGCUUUUACCUGAAGUAUUCAACCAUGUUGCAUAGAAACGAAUCUCCUUCUUUCGAGAAUGAUAGUAAUUAACAUGCAUAUUACUUUUACAACGCAAAAGGCCUCCGGCAGGUCUUGUAAAUGAUUGUUUACUUAGAAUUAUCUUAACUCUUGCUCAACGUGGCACUGAUUCUCCGAUCAAUUACUCUGUUAUGGGCUGAGUGCAAGUGAUCAACGAUAUUGAUUCUUGUUGGAAAUAUUUAGGACGAAACAGUUGUCGGUGAGAGAGACUCCAAGCCAGAGAAUCAUAAAUUUUUACUUGCAAUUUUUCCUUAAACAGGGAUAGAAAUUAUGAUAUCAUUAGCAAAGAUAUAUCUUGCCAGAGUAUGCAAAAUAUAUGGUAUAUAAAUGCAAUAUUUGACCUUCCUGUUCUUCCAAAAUUUCAUCUAUAGGAUCACUGUCUCAAACAGCGCUCUAAGAUUAAUGAUGAGUUUAUGAAACUGUACAAAUAAUAUUAUAAUUUUAGGUAAAUAGCUACUGUUUAACUUCUCUACAAUGUCUCAACUUAAGCAGAAUCAACUAUUUGAUAUUUAACAAAUAUAUUCUGUGUUGCUGUGCUCCAAUUCAGUACUAUCACAAAUGAUAUCAAAUGUGGUGAGAAUCAAUCAAAUUGCACAGAAGACCCAGCCAAGUGUAUCAUUGAUGUUCUUUCUAUAUUUUGACACAUCUUCUCUGAUCUAGCGAGGUACAGACCCAUAGCAACAUGGAAUCUAUUUGUCUUACAUGUUAAAAAAGAAAAUGUUGUGAGUGGUGAUGUCACCUGUGUAUGUCCUCCAAAAGAUCAUGAACAAAGUGCAUAUAAUUCAGCUUCUCAUGUAAACAGUGUUCAAUACAUAAGCAGGAGUUUCUUUAAAAGUUUUUAUAGAUUCUUGUGGAUGGUGAAAUAGUUGUCAACAAUCACAGAGGACUGUACAUUCAAGUACUAAAGAAAAUAUGUAAUUCUUUAACAGGGGUGAUAAGAGGAUUUACUGAGCAUUUUAAGGAGAGAUGGGGUGGCUAAUACUUGGCUUGUAAUAAAAUCGGUGUCUCAAGAAGGAUUUGUGAAGGGUUAGGAUGAAAAAAGGGAUGGGGAGGUUCGGUGAGGCUUGAAUGUUUCAUUAAUAUCUUACAAAUAAUGAAAAAAACAGAUAUCUUGUAUGUUUACUUUUUGUACUCCAGGUUUGUAUGGAUUUUAAUGUAAAGAUGAAUUUUUAACCUUUUUAGUCUAUUAAAAUAGUCUCUAAGAACUAGAAAAUCACUUUGUGGAGCAGACUGUAUGGUGCUGUUUUGAAAACUUCACAAGUCUGAUAUUACAUAGGAAAUUUUUAGGGCAGCCUUCAACACUUCUUGUAAUAUCUAUAGUCUCUAUCAAGAUGGGAAUUCCCUUCUGCAAUGGUAUGACUUAUGGUAUAUCUCUCAUGAAAGAAACUGCAGACUAUACCAUUCCCUAUCUUGUGGUAGGAAUAAAUGUUUUGAUAAUAAUUUUUUUACUCUUUUUUUAGUUGGACCUUUGUAUGUAGACUCAAAAAUUCCUAAGAUAGAAGAUGUUGAAAAGGUCAUGUCAAGUGAUUUUAAUGGCUGGGUUGACCAUGGAGGUCAUUGGAAACCAACUAAAUGUAAAGCCAGGAAGAAGGUAAUGAGUUCAAUUAGUUCUGUUUAAUUGAAAAGCUCUUUUGACUCUUUAACUCUUAAGAUUUCAACAGUGGUUAUACUAUGCAUCACAUUUCAUUUGUAUUGUAGCAUUGAACAGAAAAGAGAGCUUGCAGUUUAUGUAUGGAUACUUAAAUAAAAAUAACCAAAUUAGUACAUUCCAGUUCAGGAAAGGGAAAGUAGAGGCAUGAUUGACAAUUGAAAUAUCAAUAAUCUCAAAUAGUUUCCAUCUACCUUGUACUCAAAUUAUGUAUUGGUUAUGGACUGAAAAAAAAAAAAGCUGAUUACUCUUUAUAGUGUGCUGAAUUUAAUUUGGUAGUUAUUAUUGUCAAAUUUUUUAGUUUGCUCUUCAUGGUAUCUAUGUAUUUUGGUUGGAGAAUCAAGAUCUCCUGGUCAUAAUUAUUGUUAUCUCUUGUCAGCUGGCCUUAAUUAUUCCAUAUCGCAAGCGUUAUGAACAGCUGAAGAUAUUUGUUAGACACAUGCACCCUAUUCUUAAACGGCAGAAUUUGGACUACAGAAUCAUGGUUGUAGAACAGGUGUGUUACAAUUUGCACUUGAAACAGUAUGCACUAAGUCUCACUCAAAACUGAGGUGUCCUGCAGUAUUCUGAAUUGAUUUGUCAACUUCAGAACAGGAUAGUUGUGGCAAAUUUAUAAGAACCUCAAGACUCUACUACCUUUGGAUUAUUUUAUUUUUCCUUACAUUUGAUCCUUAAUCACUUAAAAAAUGGACUUUAGGUGUCACUGGAUAAUGGUUGAUUGGCUUUCUCAUUUUUCUCUGAUUCAAAUAUUACUAUGAUUGACAAUUUUCGUCAGAUUUACUCUGAAACUCAGAAAACCAUUAACACUUUGAUUUGAAUUUGAGGUAAAUUUUUUAACAACCUAUCAAAAUAAAGUUUAAAAUGCAAGCUACCUUCAGAACCACAAAUGCAUUGAAGUUUCCAGCUCAGUUUUCUGAUGCUUUAUUGGCUUAUCCAAGAAACACAGUAGUUGCUCAGGGUAACAAAUUGUCCCCUCAAAGUACUAGGUACAUCAGCUGACCAUGAAGUUUAACUAUUUUUCUCUUAAAAGUUUCACUUGCCUUACUUUUUACACUUGAUGUUGCUAAUUUUUCUUUUUACUAUCUAGGGUGGAACUACCAUUUUUAACCGUGCCAUGCUUUUUAACAUUGGCUAUAAAGAAGCUCUUAAAUUUGAUGAUUUUGAGUGCUUUAUAUUCCAUGACGUUGACUUAAUACCUGAAGAUGACCGAAAUGAUUACAGCUGUCCUACAUCACCCAGACACUUGUCAGUUGCCAUAGAUAAAUUUAAUUAUCGGUAGGUAGUUAUGAUCAACAGCCUUAAGAAUACUUGUAUGGUCUUCAUGAAUCUCAGCAAGCAGCAUUUAUCUAAAUCUAUCGGUGUAUACAUAUUUAUUUGAUGAUAUUUCUGACAGUGAUAAACACAAUUUCCCUGUAUCCUUGUAAAUUGUGCAGAACAUUUACUAAAUAGUUCUUUAAAUUGUUCCUCUUUCAGAUUGCCUUAUUCAACUAUUUUUGGAGGAGCUGGUGCUUUCUCCCGAGAACACUUUGAACUUGUAAAUGGAUUUUCAAACAAAUUUUGGGGAUGGGGAGGGGAAGAUGAUGAUCUCUACAACAGGUGAAAGUUUUGUUUUUUCAGCUGAUAAUUUUUACAAGUCAAAUUUUGCAUCAUGAUGCAAUAGGACAGUAAAUCACCCCUUCCCUACUUCCCAAAAUUUUGCAGCAACAUAAAUGUUGAUUCUCCUCUCUGUUCAUUUAUAAACACACUCUCUCACUAAUUAACUCCUUUACCUGGGACAUUUUUCCUUAUCAUUGAUGCUUAAAUAAUGAAGUCAGCUCAAGUGCUGCUUGAGGCCGAGUGGGGAAACUCCUGUUGAAGCCAUGUUUGCCCAUUAUUUUAGGAUAUCAGCCAAGCAACUGAAGUUAACUCGGCCAUCAGUGCAAGUAGGAAGAUAUAAAAUGUUGAAGAUAUUUCACACCAGUGGCAAGGCAGAUCCAGAUAGGUAAAUUUUUGACAAAAUACUAGUUCAUACUGAUGUAGUUGAUGGUAGCUGAGAAGACCUCUCCUAUUGGUUAAUUAAAAGUGAAUUCAUCAUCAGAAUGAAAUCAAAGUUGUUUGUCAGUCAGGUUUGUUUGUUAUUUUGGUAGAAAAUGUUUGUUGUGGAAUGGUAACAGCAUAUUUCAGUCAAGGCGUCCUCUUUUGUUGUUGUUGUUUUCUGAAGGUGCACAUUUUCAUAUCCGAUGUUACUUCCACAGGUUUGCUAAACUAAAAGACUCUGCCCAGAGAAUGCCUACUGAUGGAAUUAAUUCUCUUCUUUAUAAAGUAGAAAAUGUAACAGAACAUCGCCUUUACACUCAGGUUACUGUAGAUGUACGAGAGGCUAUGCCACAGAAAUUACAAAAUUAACCAUCUUACAGCAAUUCAUUUUCGCAAAUCUACUAUUAGAGUUUGUAGACAUCUGAAGGUAGUCUCUAAUGGUCUCUUUUACUGCAUUUCGUUGAAAUGCCAGGCAUUUGAGAACAGAAGUGAGUUGGAAGGUGACUUUGUGCUGACUAUUUUUGUACAAGCACACAUGAUAAAAGGUAGAAUAAUAAAGUAAACAUGAAAUACAGUACCCUUGGCCUUCCUCCUAUUCAAAGGCUGGUCCACUAUACAUACAUGUAUGAUGGGAGAAAGGACUAUUGAUAUGUAAAACCAAGUAUGUAAUAUUGAAACUCAAAGUCUUAGUCAUAAGGUGGAUGUCUACUGAUGAGUUUAAAUUUUAUUCACUCACAGUGAACAUGGUACCUUUAGUAAGCCAAGGGAUUAAUUUGACAAUAUGGUGGUCAUUUUGAAAUGCAAGGAGUAGACCUCUUUAGCUUGUACAAUGUAUGAUUUGUUUAUCUAUUCCAGGUCAUGUGAUAAUACUCUAGAGAACUGUUUCCUUAAAAUUUUUUCUAUUUCAUGAGCAUAAGUACACAUACUUUACAAAAGAUAAAGCUGGGAAUUCCUUUGAGACCUGAAAUGGGAAAACAAAAAAUUCAAGUACAUGCUAAAGAGGUCUAUUGGGGUCAUCAAAAGCAUGGUGACUGGAGGAUAUCUGUUUUCUUUACACCAGCAAUGAUCAUUUUCAGGAAAACUUUUAAUAGUUAAACACCAUCAAAAGUUGUUCCCUUUCUUGUUUCAACACCCGUAUAAAUCCAGCAUAAGGGAGAUUUCCUGACUUUGGUUGGUUAUAUCCACUUGCAUAUGGGAAUAUCUCAUAACUCAAGACCACUGAUGUUGCUGACAUAAGUGUUUGAAAAAAGUUCCAUUGCCAGAAGUGAAUUUCUCACAGUUUCACCAUCAUUAUACAAGUCUUUGAACCCCAAUUAUUAAAAUGAAUGCUUUACACAAAAUAAGUUUCAUCAAUUAUCUCCCUAGUAGUAAAAAACUUCAUUUCCUUUUAUUACCAAUAUUUUCCCUCACUAGCUAAAGAUACACACCUUAUCUGAUGGGUUAACAUAUUAGAAGGGCAGAUAUUUUAACAGUUGCGUAGUAUAUUUCCAAGCUGCACUGGGGCUUGGAAAAAUGGGAGUAACAAGCAAUUUAUCCACUCAUGUUAUAUGCUAAACCAUCAAAUAAGAGAUUCAUUAUUCCACCAUGAAUUCAUUUUUUAAGUACUUUGGCAUCUAGUUUGCAGCAUAUAUCUUUUGGCUUUAUCUGAGAACCAUAUUGAUUGUAGAAAGUGUGCAUAAAAUUUAUAAAAACACAAAUGAAACCAUGUAGGAGUCCUUGAGGAAACUUAAAAUCUGCAUUGCUUAAAAGUUCAUUAGUCAAACCUAGUGGAUGUAAACAAAUCAAAGUUUGGAUUAUUCAAUGCGGCUAGCCCUGGCAUGCAGCAUAACACCAUUGUAAAUUUUACAUGUUCUGUAGCCCUACGUGUAAAUAAGCAAAUUGGUUUAACAUUGGAAUAAUAGGUGAUUAAAAUAUUUUAUUUUUAUAUCUGCACAGCUAGUUGUGAGUAAUAUACAGUAGCCUCUGCAUAGGCCCUCAUUAUUAGGACUUUGGCACAAGUGUUUCUUCAUCUGCAGGAAAGUAUGAAGCCUGGAACAACCCUAGCAGGGGGGAGAGGUCUGUGAGGCAGAGAAACACGCAUCUUGCAACCCUAAUAAUGGGGGUGUGCUUGCAGGCAAAACAUACAGUAAAACUACUCCUACUCCUCUGAUAUUUAUUUGCUCUUUUUUACCUCUGCCUCUUGCACUAUUUAAACCUCAUUAGAUUCCAUUUUGGUUUUUACACUGUAGUUUACAAAGAAAUUGUUAGCAGUGGGAGAAAAAUUUUGCAACUCUCUUUGACAAGUUUCUUCACCACUUUGUAUGUCAAAACAUUCUCCUUAAACAGUGUGCUAACAAAGGAAAGAAACCUUUGUACACUAUGGUAUGUGCAGCUUAAUUUUAAUUAAAACGGUUAAAUUGAUUGGAAUAGACAGCAUUACCUCAUCAACACCAUGAUUGUAUACAGCUAGGUUAAAUUUUAAAAAUAGAGCAUAAAUUUGUCAUAAAAAUUAGUUUGUAUUUAACUUUUAGCAAGUACUAUUAACUUCUGCUAAAAUCAUCAGUCUUAAUUACACAUAUAUAAUUAAGCCAUUGUGCAAGAGAGUUCAAGGCAAUUAUCAGUUGGCUUUCCAUCAGUAUAUUCAAUUCUAAAGUACAAUAAUUGCCAUUACUCUUGGUAAAUAUUCCUAUUUUCUGAACAGUAUUUGAAGAAUAACUUUCCUGAUUUUGGCUUUAUGAAGACAUAAGCCUGCCAUGUAGUGGAGUGACAUCAUAGUGGUACAGAAGUUUAAUAGAAAUGCUCUGUUAUUUAAAUAGGAG